AUGGAAGGUAGCUAUAUUGUCACAAUAGCAGCCCAUGGAUGUUCUCUUUUUUGUAUAUUUUUUGACAGAGAAAAACACAUUUUAUCUUCCUUUCCCCCCGGAGAAGUCGACAAAUUAAUUUUUGCUGACAGCGACACUUGGCUAGUUAUAAUCCUCUCAAUUUCCCUCUUUUCUUUAUUAAUUGAAACUUUUUUUAUUUUAAAAUUAAUUCUUCCUAUUCAAUUUAAUUUUUUUUCUUUAAUUUCCCAUACUUUUGCCUGUCUGAUUUUAUUAAAAUUUGUGGUAGAUGAACAUCCAUUUAAUCAUUUUUGGAUUUCUUUUGGAAUUUUUAAUUGUCCACAAUUAAUUUUUUUAGUUUAUUUUUUUGUUAAAAAAUAUUUUUUGAAAAUAAAAUGGAAACUUUGUUAA